UAAAUGGCAUAUUAACUGCUAAGCGACGUGCCAGUGAUGGGAGACCGGUGGGAGAGUGGGAGAGUGAGUGGGAGACCAGUGGAACCCGGGACACCGGUUUGUAAUCUCCCACCAGAAUGAAUUAUAAGCCAAAGCACAAGUCUCUCAACUUUACGACAAAGCACCCGUUCAAACUCGAAGAAGUUCAAUCAUGGCUGCCGCAAGAGAUAACUUUAAGCCCUACAUACCUGUUGCCGGGGGCGCGGAUGAUGGCUGGUCAAAAGAAGGCCAGGCGACUGCCACAUGCUACUGUGGCGCAGUACAGUUGGCCUUUCCAACACAAGGCCCAGGCCUAAUCGGCACAUUCACCUGCCAUUGUGUGGACUGCCGCAAAAUCACCGCAUCCAUGUUCGCCACCAAUUUCAUUGUGGCAGACACACACAUAAAACACCUACGUGGCCAAGAAACACUCAAGUCGUUUACCCAGUCGAAAACCAUAGCCUCUGGCAAGGCAAUGACAAAUUGUUUUUGUUCUACGUGUGGCUGACUCAUGUACCGCAUCAGUGAAAGGUUCCCGGGGCAUUGUAUGCUGCGUACCGGAACAGUGGAUGAUUUCACCCUGCAUGA